AUGCCGGAGCACCGACAACUCAGUAUUUCAGAAGCAUAUUGUGAAGAGUACUUUAAGAAUACCACCACCAGGAAAGUCUCAGGGAGAUUUAUAGUGAGACUCCCAAGAAAGAAAGGAAUCGUGCUGGGCGAUUCUAAGCAGCAAGCAAUCAGACGGUUUUACGCGUUAGAACGUCGUUUGAAAAGACAAUCUUCAAUCAAAGACGAAUAUGUACAGUUUAUGAGAGAAUAUGAACAGAAGGGACACAUGAGUUUAGUGAUGCCGAGCUCAAUUGUAAAAGAAAAGGCGUAUUUCAUUCCGCAUCAACCAGUGUUAAGACCGGAGAGCAUUACAACGAAACUUAGAGUUGUCUUUGAUGCUUCUGCCAAGACAGAUAAUAACAAUUCCUUGAAUAAUAUGCUAAUGGCGGGACCUAACCUACAAGGUGACUUGUUACACAUACUUUUGAGAUUUCGCAAUUAUGAAUUUGUCCUUACAGGCGACAUCGCUAUGAUGUUUUGCCAAAUAUUGAUAGCAGAGGAGGACCGAAAUUUACAGCACAUUCUGUGGAGAGAAAAGGAAGAACAUCCUUUGAAGACGUUUGCGUUAAAUACAGUGACAUACGGAACUAAGAGCGCACCGUACUUGGUUAUGCGCUGCCUCAAACAAUUGGUAAUCAAAGAAGGAGAACAAUUUCCAAUGGCACAACAAGCAUUAAGAUCAGAUUUUAUAUGGACGACGUCUUAA